AUGAGUUUAUAUUAUUAACUUAUUUUAUCAUCAAAAUUGAUAAGUACUAUUUAAUUGUCUUUAAGUUCUAUUUUGUAUUUGGAAACUUUUAUCAAUUCAUUAUAAACAGAGCAAAAUUUUUAGCUUAAAGUAAAUUAAUCUCUAAAUUUUUCACGAUCUUACCCAUAACUGAUUUAUANAAUAGAUUAAUAAAUCUUUGUAGGCUAUUCAGGCUAGUUGCUCAAAUAUACUGUUAAUAAAGAUAAUAAAUAAUUUGGAUCAUUUAGUUAAACAACAUAUUAGGAAAAAUUAUUAUACAUAAAUGAAUAAUUUUACUUGGCCUAAUUGUCUUAUUGUGUUAUUAAUAAUAACUAUAGAAAUUUAUGUCUUAUCGGAGUUACAAAUGAAUUAAUAUAAAUCUUGAUUUUAUUAAUGGAUUAUAAUUAAUAUGAAUGUUUUAUGGAUAUUAAUAUUCCUAUUAAGGCUCAGUCAUUAUAAGUUAUUUCUAACGAUUAUGAAGAUUUAAUAAUUGGAGUUAGUGAUAAUAAUACAAUCUACCUUUAUUAAAUAUACGCUAUUUACAAUGCACCCUAUUACUCCUCUUAUGAGUUUAAGUUUGAAUAAUAAUUUUAGUAAUUUUUAAUUACAUAUAAUAAUUUGAUAAUUUUGUUUAUAAAUCAAGAAAUUUAAAUCAUGAAUUUGAAUUCUACUGAUUUAGUAAUCAUUAACGAAACUAUAAUUAAUUAAUUAUUUAAUAGGGAUACUUAGCUAAAAUUUAAUCCUAUUCAAAUAGCAGUAAAUAAUUAGUAAUUUUCUUCAUGUUUAUUUAUCAAUAAUAUUAAUAAUGUCAUUAUUAUUUCUAUUGAUUAAAGUAAUAUACCAAUUCCAAUUUCAAACAUAGAGGUUAAAUUCUAAAUUAAAUAAAUAAAUAUUGUCAAUCAAUAAUUAGUUUUAUCUUAUAUUUGCAAUUACGGGUUUGAUCUUUGUUUCUAAGUUUGGAGUAUACAAAAUUUAAAAUAUCCAUUUUUUAUGAGAAAUAUGCCUAGUGUACAGAAUAAGAAUAAUAUUUAAAUACUAUCAGAUGACUGGUUUUUUUAUGUUCAAUUUUAAAAUUACAAUUUGUAUGUUUACAACCCUUACUUACCUUAACAUAUGAGUUUAUAUUAUUAACUUAUUUUAUCAUCAAAAUUGAUAAGUACUAUUUAAUUGUCUUUAAGUUCUAUUUUGUAUUUGGAAACUUUUAUCAAUUCAUUAUAAACAGAGCAAAAUUUUUAGCUUAAAGUAAAUUAAUCUCUAAAUUUUUCACGAUCUUACCCAUAACUGAUUUAUAAUUAUACUAUUACUUCUUUGGUAAAUUAAACUGCUAAUUAAACUACACCAAAUCAAAGCUUGACUUAUUUAUCAAAUUUCACUUAUUUCUAACCCAAAACUAAAAUAAUCAAAGAUUUGUUGAUAAAGGAUUUAAAUUUAACUGAUCGAACUUUCACAAUUCCUGUGAAUAUAAUCCUUGAUAGACAGGUAAGUCUUUGUUAUUUUCGUAAUAGUUCUGAUGUUGAUAAAAUUGAUAAAGUUGAUUAAUCUGAUUAACAAUAUUUUACAAAUGAUGAAUGCAAUUUAACUAAUUUUGUUUACUUUACAAAAAAUAUUGAUUAUAAUUACACAUAAGUAACUGCAGUAAAUAACAAAUUUUUUGUUCUGUAAAACAACAGCGCAAUAAGAAUUGUUAAUUAGUAGAUUGAAUUUCUUUAAUCUUACGAUUAUUCUGAUUUAAAUUUUACUGAAUGCUUGAAAUCAACAUCUUAUAAUUUAAGUUUAUCUUCUCUAUGUCGAAACGAUACUGCAUAAUAUUGGCUAAGCAUUUAUUUUUACCCUAAUGGAAUUGUUAUAGAUAAGAACGUAUCUUAAAUACCUAAUCAAUUUACUAACAUAUCUAAAAUUAGUAAUAUAGCCUCCCUUAAUUUUAUAUUAGGAUCUUAUAAUUAAAAUUCAUAAAAUUUGUAUUUAUUGAACCCUUUUAACAAUAGCAUCCAGCUACUUAGUAGUGAUUGUCAAGAUUUUUCAGUAUCUUUAUAUAAUUCUAGUUUAGAUAUGAAUUAGUCAAAUUUAGUUAUUAUUAUAUACAUCUCCAAUUAUUAUGAUGUAUUUUAUCAAUAUUUAUAUUUUAAUAAAUACUCAAUUACUUAAAGUAAUUUUUUAGUUUUAAUUUCUGAUAAUCUACUUUAUGCUUAAAUAUUGAUAUUGCAAAUAAUAGAGAAAUAAAUUUUCUUCCUUAUUACUAGUACUGAAGGUUUUGGAUAUUUAUUAUUAUAUAAGUUAUUUUAAAACUAGUUAUUUUUUUAAGAUUUAAUAACCACUAUCCCAGCUUAUGUAAAUGAUGAUAUUGUACUAGUUCCAAAAUCUGUAUAUUCUAAUGGAUUUCUGCUUCAACAAUUCAAAUAAGGAAAUACCUCUAUUUAAGGAGUUUACUAUAUUACUGAUUUACUUAUUAACAAUUUGGAAGAGCCUAUUUUGAUGUUAGGAUAAUUAAACUCUACAUCUCCUGAAUUUGCUUUAAUUACAAAUAUAGAGGAUCGAAACGCUACAUGCCUUGCAUUAAAUAAUGGAUCAGUUUUAUAUUAUCCAAUAUAUACUAGAACAUUAAAAUGCCAUUAUAGGUAAGAUAGAAAUACUGUCCAUGUGAAUAUUGCAUGCUAGAAUGAUUUUUCAAAUGGAGCUUAUGAGAUAACUUUUAUACUUCCUUAAUUAGAUGAACCUUCAAGAAGAUGGAUUUAUUCAUUAAUUACCAUAAUAAUGUUCUAAUUAAUAGGCUUUUAUAUUUUGGUUAAAUAUAGAAUGAGAAAUAUUGGUUAUAUCAAUACAGAAAUAGAACUUUGA